UAUGUGAUGACAGUUGACGUAUAAAAUUGUGUUUUGGUGGUUCUGAAGAAUUUUGAAAUUCAGAUAUCUUCCCUGAAACACAUGAUUGCAUUAAAAUCCUAUACAGCUAAUUAUUUUGUUUCUCUAAUCACAUUUUUAUUUAUUGAAUUCGUUUCUGAGUCGUCUUCAAAAAUGGUUCCGUGGAGCAUCUAGUCUUACAGCUAGAGAUUAGAUUUUCACAGCCACACAGCCUUCUAGUCGUUUUCAGAAUAUUCAUCUGUUUUCAAAAACAGUGGACUGAAAAAUACCUUGCUUGUUCCUAACUUCUGCUCUAACCUCAAAGAAAACAGCAUCGUAUGCUUAAAAUCUCGGAAAAAAAAAACUUCUGAGAUCUGAAAACUCAGGACUCAGAAAGCUAGAAAACAUGUUCAAGUCAUGGAGCAAGAAGAAGAAGAUAAGAGCUGUAUUCCAAUUGCAGUUUCAGGCAACUCAGGUGCCGAAACUGAAGAAGCCUGCUUUGAUGCUGUCGCUGGUGCCGGACGACGUCGGAAAGCCGACGGUGAAGCUGGGGAAAGCGGCGGUUCAGGACGGCACCUGCAUUUGGGAGAAUCCAGUUUUUGAGUCAAUGAAGCUCAUUGAGGAAGCAAAAACAGGAAAACUGAAAGAGAAGAUUUAUCACUUCAUUGUUUCUAAUGGAUCUUCGAAAUCGGGUUAUCUCGGAGAAGCUUCAAUCGAUUUUGCAGACAUUGUGGCGGAAACUGAACCGUUAACCGUCACUCUGCCCCUUAAGUUUGCAAAUUCCGGUGUAGUUUUACAUGUGACAAUUCACAGGAUUCAGGAAGAUGGUGAUCAAAGGGAAAUCGAAGAAAGUGACGGUCCAAGUCUGUCACGCCAUAGCAGCGUGGGGAACCAAAACGGCAGUUGGGAUGCAGAUGGAAGCAACCACCUCCGUUCCAAUGAAAAUGGAGGAUAUGUCCAACGGGACGCCGCUAGUUCCCUGUCACCCCCUGAAGUACAAAAUUCCAUGCCUCACAAUGGACAGGGGGGUGCCAACGUAAGGAAAACCCAUAUGCAUCAAAAAUCAAGCUUGGAUUGGUCUUCAGAUGAAAGCUUAUUUGACUCACUAGACAUUGUUGAAGACAAGCUUCCGGCAGAAAGAGUGCAAGCGGUUUCAGAUGUUGAUAAACUCAGAAAUGAAAUUACUGUUCUGAAGAGGCAGGCGAACCUAUCGGAACUGGAAUUGCAGUCUCUUCGGAAACAGAUGGCCAAAGAGAGCAAUCAAGGGCAGAAUCUGUCUAAACAAAUUGUUAGCCUUAAAGAGGAGAGAGAUGCACUCAAAAUGGUAUGCGAACAACUUAAGUCCUCGCAGGGACGUAGUAAUGGGAAACAGACUUUCAAAAAGUUGCAGCCCGAGACUGAGGAUACAAGAGCACAGUUAGAAGCAAUGAAGCAAGAGCUUAGUUCUGAGAAGAAAGCAAGAACCCAUCUUCGCUCACAACUCGCGCAGACACAAGACUCAAAUUCUGAGUUAGUCCUUGUCGUGAAGGAUCUGAAAGAUGAAUUGGGAAAGAAAAAUAGAGAAAUAUCUGAUCUUUCAAGCCAGUUAGAAGCUGAAAAAAAUUCCAAAAUGAUGGGAACAUAUUCCGCAGGAAGAAUAAACGAAGAUGAUCAGGAAGUAGAAUCGUUGAAGCUUGACAUCAGAGAACUUCUCAGUGAAAUAGACACACACCAGAAAAAGAGGGAAGAGCAGGAUAUGCGUAUAAAACAGCUCGCCUUGGACUGUGACCUUUUAAAGCAGGAAAAAUAUGACAUCUCUAAGAAGUUGGAUCGAAACCAAGAAAGAAUACGAACAGAGAUGGAAAAUGAGCGAGCGGGUUAUGUGGCUACUAUAAAAGAGCUUGAAUCUCAGUUAGAGAGAUCAGAAGAAACAAUUGAGAAGCAAGCACAUGAAUUCUCAGAAUGUUUGAUGUCCAUUCAGGAACUUGAGAGUGAACUUAAGUCUUUGGAGAAGGAACACGGAGAUGCAGGCCAAGGGAUUUGAAGAAAAACUUGAGGAAGUGAUGAAUGCCAAAGUUGAGCAGGAAUACAGGGCCAUCCAAGUCGAGGAAGAAUUGAAGAAGACACAGUC